CCAAAUUUUAAAUUUAAAGCUAUGCGAAAGUUAAAAAGUGAAAAUCGUAAAUAGAAAUGGAAUGCCUUUUAGUUGAAGAUAUUGUAAAAACAGAAUUGAUUGAGUGCAGCUUUCAGCAAAAUGAACCUCCAUUUCUUGUUCAAUCACCAGUAGGCUCUGAUGCCGGAAAAAAAUUUAAGCGAAAACAAAAAUCGUACAGGAAAAAAGUAGAGUCAGUUUGGAUGCAUGAUGAUGUAAAGAAAUUAAUCGAGGAAGUUGAGAGACGACGAGGUUUAUGGGAUGUUGGUUGCGCUGAAUAUAAAUUUCCCAAAGAUUUGUUAUGGCAGGAAGUGGCAGAUUCCAUUCCUGUAAGCUUCAAUGAUUGCAAAGGAAAAUGGUCGAAUCUCCGCACCACUUUCAAUUCCAAUCUUCUAAAGCUUCGAAGAAAUAUGUCCGGACAAGGCGCUGAUGAGCAACUUCAAAUUACUUGGCGAUAUUUUAAAUCAAUGAUGUUUUUGGAGACAGAAAUGUUUGAAUCCAGAUUUCAGUCAAAUGAACUGCCUUUUCUUGAUCAAUCGCCAAAACAGUCUGAUGCCGCAAAAAAAACAAGGCGAAAAAAGAAAUCCUACAGGAAAAAAGUGGAGUCAGUUUGGACGCAUAAGGAUAUAAUGAAAUUAAUUGAGGAAGUUAAGGGACGACGAAGUUUAUGGGAUGUUGGUUGCGCUGAAUAUAAACUUCCCAAAGAGAAUUUAUGGCAGGAAGUGGCAGAUUCCAUUCCUGUAAGCAUCAAUGAUUGCAAAGGAAAAUGGGCGAAUAUCCGCAUCACUUUCAAUCGAAAUCUUCAAAAGCUUCAAAGAAAAGAAUCAGGCCAAGGCGCUGAUGAGGAAUUUCAAAUUGCUUGGCGAUACUUCAAACCAAUGAUGUUUUUGGAGACAACAAAAAUACGCCAUGAUACGGAAUCUAUUUCAACAAUGCAAGUGAAAUCAGAAAUCACAGAUGAAUCGAUCGCAGAUGAAUUCGGAUUUAGCGAUGAGUUGACAUCAAUUUCGUCAUGUCCUUUUGGAAAUAAACGCAGCCGAAAUAGUACUCCAACAAUUUCGUCAACACCAUCAAGCAAUGUGGAUAUAAAGGAAAUGGCAUUUGAGGCACCCCUAUCAUUGCCAUCCGCCUACACUCAAUCAAAGGACGCAAGUACGGCUUUAGGGGAAUAUAUUGCCGCCGAAUUGAGAAACCUGCCACCAGAACAAGCUUCAUUUGCUAGAGCGAAAUUGAGGCGUUCACUGAACGAUAUAUUAGAUGAGGCGGCUUUGAUGGUUCCACAGCAUCAAAACCAACAAUGAAAGUGACACUUAAAGUAUCAUAAAUUUUAAAGAGCACAAACACCAAAAAUUUUCAAUAUUAGUAAGUAAAAAUCAAACAUUAUAAUGUUCAUUAUUGCUUUAUAUAAAACGGGAAAAACAACAAAAGCAUUUAAAAAUGCACACAUUAAGAAAGUACUUGAUGCAAAAUUAAAACCUCUAUGUUUAAUGUUUGUCUGCUUUUCCUUAAAUUUUUUCUUUUUUAUAAGCACAAUUAUAUAAUCGGGCGGGGGCCUGCUGACUUCGAUGACCCAAAAUAAACGUAAGUUAAAUUGUUAAUUUUAUUUGUAUUUCAUCGUCUUUUUGUUAUUAUUUAACAAUGAAUUUAUUUAAAAGAAAACACAGCAUAUAUUUAUAUAUAUACGUUCGUUUAAUAUUGCAAUUCAUGUGUUUUCAAUAUAAUUUAUGAAAAUAAUUAAAUACUUUUACUUAUAUUAAGUUUAUAAACAAAUAUACUUACAUACUUAUAAAUACCCUACAUACUGCAUAUUAAUCACUAUGUAUAAUCAUUUUUAAUUAAACCAUUGAAUUUGGGCGAUAUGUAUAUUUAAAUAUUUUAUCUUGCGAUAAUUAUUAAUUUUCUAAAAUAUGUAUAUCUUAAUACUCCUUCUACCUUCUUGUUAUUUUAAUUUAUUUAAUUUUGAAUAAACAUAAUUUAACAUUUGUCUUUAAUGUCUUUAA